CUCGAAAGGAGCGGCCGACGUCAUGCGCGUGGCGGUCACAGUCAAGCGGUCGAACGGAGAAAAGUUCAACGUCGAGGCCGAGCUCGAGAGCACCGUCUUGGCCUUCAAGGAGGAGCUCGAGCACACGACGCAGGUUGCGCCGGCCCUCCAGCGCCUCAUCUACAAGGGCAAGGUCCUCAAGGACGAGCUGACGCUGGCCAGCUACGAACUCGAGGCCAACCAGACCAUCUACUUUGUCAAGGGCGCUGCGGCCAAGACCGCACCGGCCGCGCCUUCUGCACCGGCGGCGGCGCCUGCCCCAGCAGCGGCGACGCCGACACCCGCCCCGGCCGCCAACCCGUUUGGUGCUUCGCCUUUCGGUGCCUCGCCGUUUGGUGCUAGCCCGUCGCCGUUCGGUGGCAUGGGUGGCAUGGGCGGUAUGCCUGGCAUGCAGCAGAUGCUCCAGAACCCAGAGAUGAUGCAGCAGAUGAUGGAGUCGCCGAUGAUGCAGAGCCUCAUGAACAACCCCGAGAUCAUGCGCAACAUGAUGCAAGCCAACCCAGCGAUGCGCCAGCUCCUCGAGCAGAACCCCGAGCUCAACCACGUCAUGAACGACCCAGAGAUGCUUCGCCGGAGCAUGGAGGCCAUGCGCAACCCCGCGGCCAUGCGCGAGAUGAUGCGCAACCAAGACACGGCGCUCCGGAACAUCGAGUCGCAUCCCGAAGGCUUCAACGCGCUUCGCCGCAUGUACACGGAAGUCCAGGAGCCCCUCAUGAACGCUGCGAGCAGCGGUAUGAGCAUGCCUGGCUCGGCCUUCCCGAUGCCCGGCGCUGUCGGUGGCGCGACGCCAACGCCUCCUGCGGCGACGACCUCCUCGACGACACCUGCCAACCCGUGGGGCAUGCCAUCGACGACGACGACAACGCCUGCGACGGGCAUGAGUCCGUUUGGUGCCAAUCCGUGGGGCGCUAGCCCGUUCGGCGCCAAUCCCCUCGGCGCCGGUGGCUUUGACCCGGCCAUGCUCAACGACCCGAUGGUGCGCGGCAUGAUGGAGCAGAUGAGCAACAACCCGGAGAUGAUGCGCUCGAUGAUGGAGAUGAACCCGCAGCUCCAGGCGCUGGACCCUGCGGUGCGCGAGCAGCUCCUCAACCCCGAGACGCUUCGCACGAUGAUGAACCCGGCCAGCUUGCAGGCCAUCAUGCAGAUGCAAGCGGCGAUGCAGCAGCUCCAGGGCUCUGGCAUGCUCGGCAACCUCGGGGCGCCUCCGGCAAGCGCGGGCGGCGCCAACAAUCCGUUUGGUGCUGGCGCCAGCAACCCGUUCCUGAACAACCUCUUCUCCGGCAGCUUUGGCGGCGCGCCCGCCGCACCGGCCGGCAACCCCGAAGAGCUCUACGCGUCCCAACUCACGCAGCUCGUCGACAUGGGCUUUACGAACCGCGACCAGAACCUCCGCGCGCUGCAAGCGACCUUCGGCAACGUCAACGCGGCCGUCGACCGUAUCUUGAGCGGUCUGUCUUAA